GGAAGAAGCAGCUGAUACGGAGGGCUUGAUCCCUUUAUUCAGAAGCUGGCAAACUUGAAGACUCUCCGCCGCAGGGAGAGGAGCAGGCAUUUUCCCUAAGGUGCCGCAAAGGCUUGUGGGAGCGACCCGAGAGAAGGAGGGCCAAGAUGGCGGAAGCGGCGGAGUCUCCAGGAGACCCGGGGACGGCAACGCCCAGGCCCCUGUUUGCAGGCCUUUCAGAUAUAUCUAUUUCACAAGACAUCCCCGUGGAAGGAGAAAUCACUAUUCCUAUGAGAUCUCGAGUUCGGGAAUUUGACAGCUCCACAUUAAAUGAAUCUGUUCAGAAUACCAUUAUGCGUGAUCUAAAAGCUGUUGGGAAAAAAUUCAUGCAUGUUUUGUACCCAAGGAAAAGUAAUACUCUUUUGAGAGAUUGGGAUUUAUGGGGCCCUUUGAUCCUUUGUGUGACACUUGCAUUAAUGCUUCAGAGAGGCUCUGUAGAUAGCGAAAAAGAUGGAGGGCCCCAGUUUGCAGAAGUGUUUGUCAUUGUCUGGUUUGGCGCGGUUACCAUCACCCUCAACUCAAAACUUCUUGGAGGAAACAUAUCUUUUUUUCAGAGCCUCUGUGUGCUGGGUUACUGUAUACUUCCCCUGACGGUGGCAAUGCUGGUUUGCCGGCUGGUACUUUUGGCUGAACUAGGACCAAUCAACUUCAUGGUCCGGUUUUUUGUGGUGAUCGUGAUGUUUGCCUGGUCUAUAGUAGCCUCCACAGCUUUUCUUGCUGAUAGCCAGCCUCCAAACCGCAAAGCCCUUGCUGUUUAUCCUGUUUUCUUGUUUUAUUUUGUCAUCAGUUGGAUGAUUCUCACCUUCACUCCUCAGUAAAUCGGGAAAUGGAAAUUAAAAAACCGUUGAAUUCAAAGCUCAUUGGAAAGAUGCAAUUCACCAUGGAGCUUUGCCUCUGGCCCUCUUUUGUCUAAUUUUGGAGGUAUUUGGUAACUGCGUACAUGAGGAGAUUAAAAGGGAGCCAUAAAGCACUGUAACUAUUUAUGUAAGGAACUGAUGUUUGAAAGGCUGUCCUUUCCCUCUUAAUGUUAUUUCUUUAAAAUACAUGUGCAUAGUACACACAGUAUAAUGCCUCCUCCAGGCAUGAUAGGGUCACUGUGGUCCAUUUGGGUGACAACCAAUGACUCGGGAAGCACAUGGAGACAUCCUACGAGUUGAAUAGAGUUGGUAACUAUAUUUUCAGUUUUGAGAAUACCAGUUCAGGUGCAGCUCUUAAACACAUUGCCUUAUGACUAUUAGAAUAUGCCUCUCUUUUCAUAAAUAAGAAGGGAUAAUAUAUUUUAUUUCUCUUAAGCUUAAAAAGACAAUAACAGAUAUUUGGAAGGGAAUUCAUUGGUAUGGGAGGAGCAAACAUGCACUAACCAAUAUUCAGAUAUUGAUUAGAGGAAAUUCUGCACUUGCUGCUUUUUUGAAAAAGCAAAGAACAUCUAAAGUAUAAGUUUUUUAGUCUUUCUGUAUAGUCACCUUUCUGCCACACUUAACAACGCCUCAGUGACACUCUAAUUUUUAAUCUUACUCCCCAGUUCUGUAUAUGCAAGCUCAGACAUUAGCAGUCAACAUGUAACUUUCCUUUGAAGCUCUCAGUGGACCAAUGCUUGAACUUAUACAAGCAGAAGACCUCAGAAAUUUAGAUUGGUAGGUGCCUAAUGCAUGUUAUCAUGUGGACACCUUUUCUUAAGGGUAGAGUGAGACAGUUUGGAUACAGCAUAGCUGUAAGGACUUCUUCAUUAUUCUGUGUAGCCUUGCCUCUACCUGGAAAGUAAAGCUAAAUCAGAAGCCUGUGUUUAACAAUGUGAGUAUGGAGGGAUUUCAUGUUCUGAUGGCUGAUUCACAGAACAAUUAGACACUUAGAGCAUGAUGUUGGAUGAGUUGAGUUUAUAGCUGCCACCUCUUCAUAGUGUGGACAUAGCCGUUUUUUCAUUAGAUGUGUUUUUCGGGUUGGGAAAUAGCAAUUUAUGUUCUUGGUUUUAAGCCUUAUUUGUAAAGCUAAUUAGCUCUCCUUUAGACAAGUACGUCUUUACACAUGUGCACCUACUUGUAUUCUCAGCUAUUUAUGCACACAAGUGUGAAGGCUUUUCAGGGAGCAGAGUGUCUGGGACAGGCUGAUUCGUAGCUAAUCAGGGCUCCUUUAAGGUAAUAUGAGCUGCUGCCUUCUAUAAAUUGCACAGUGAAGAACUCUUAACAGACAAAGAUUAGGAGUCAGGCAGAAAACAUUCAUUGUAAAUAUACAAUUACAAAGAUAGGAAUUUCUUAUUCCACAUUUUUCUUUAUCGUGGAAUCUAAAUAUUUAUUCAUUCGUACUUAAAGACUGCCUACACAUAGAUAUGUAAUUUUAAAAACAUAUUUUCUCCAUCCCCAGAUUAACCAAGUGAACUUACUAGGACAAAUGAGUUGUUGGAAUGAUAUUCAAUUACAAAGCAUUACAAAAUUGGUCCCCUCUGUCCCAGCCUUGUCCAGAUAUUUUGGCUAUGUAUUUGUAUUUAUUUUAGUUUCCCCUUUAAAUUUCAAAAUAAACCCUGUUAGGGCAAAGCCAAUGUUUCAGUCUUGAAUUGGUAAAGAAAAUGUUUUGAAACUAGUUCUAAUUUUGAAAUUUAUCCUAAAUUAUCAUCCAUUUCUAUUGUCUGAAAUUUUCUAACUUCCCACUAGAAACAUCUCUCUUUCAAAAUUGUUUCAUAAUCUAUCCCAGUAAUUAUAAUGUUAAAUUAAAGAAAUAAUUAUGCUUCUUAAAAGGGAGUUAAAUCUUUACUGAAUUUUACUCAGGCUACAUAUUUGGUCAGAAAUUCCUAAGGCCACAACUUUGGCAGGGUUUGUGGGGGGGUGGGGAGGCAGUUAUAUUGGGUGUUAAGGAAACUUGUUCUGUUUUAAUUUGUUGCUUUUGGGUGACUUAGGGAAUGGUUUUACUUGAUUUACAUGAAAGUGGGUAAAAUGGGGAUUCAUUUAUCUUUCUGAAAAUGAGUGGUCAAUUUGAGGGUAUAAAUAAAUAUUUUCUUAAUAUAUGCAAAAAUGUGCAUUGCUUUCUGUGACAGAAGACCUGAGUAUCUGGAAAUUGUAACCCUCAACACAGCUUUCCCUGAUUUGCUGCAAAGGCACAUGGCUAAUUGUAUAGAAAGGAGGACUAGAAGGGAAGGGGACUCCGACAAAGGAAACCCCGUUCCAGAAAUUGGAAGGUUUCACACUUUAGAUGAAGUUCCAGUGUGUGAACAUCAUUGCCUAAUGUGGUGCAUUCCUGCCGUCGUGGCUUAUCACUUGCUGCUCCUACUUCUGAGAUUUAGACUCUGUUGUCAUAUUCUUUAGCAAUAGGAAAGGUGAAGACUGGAUUUAAUCACUGUUCAGGUUACAAAAAAUCGAUGUGAACAUCUUUGAAUGUGCAGUGUAGUCUUAAAAGUCAAUCACUGAUUGUCAGGUCUUUUGCCUCUUAAGUGGAUUAUUACAUGAGUUGAAUUGUAUCUUUUCAUUGUGGCAGGGUUUUUAUGGUGGGCAGGUGAGGUGGUCACAGGGCAUGGGGCUAAUAAGCAUUUACUAUUUACUACAUUUGUCUUUUUAUAAAGUGUCCCCCAAAAUAUGAUUAGAAGGCUAGCAAGCCUAUAUUUGAAGGUUUGUGUACUUUAUAUCUUCUAAAUACUUACUGUAUUGGGGCUUCCAGUUUAUUCUUGGGGAUGAAAAUGAAAGUCUUUCAUUUCAGAUUCUUGGGUAACAUCAAGUUAUUGGAAUUUAUCUAGAGCCUAUCAUGAUAUGAUCAGACGUCCAUUGCAUGCAGUUGUUUUAUUCCAGAGUAAAAUACUGAAAUUGUGAUUCUUAAGGAAGCUGUUCAUUUCAGAGACAAUUUGGAUAGAAAUAAAUGUGUGAAUGUUAAUCCAUAUAUGUUUUAGAAAUUAGAAAUACUUUUCUAGGUUCUGUGGGCUUUUAUCAAAAUAAAGAAUUUCUAGGGAUUUACUUAGGCCAUAGGAUGUCUAAAUAAUAAUAAUGUGAAAAUAAUAUUACUACUAAUAAUAGCUAACAUUUAUUGGGCACUUACUGUGUGCCAGGCACUAUUCUAUUUUUUUAAGAAUUUUUUUAUAACAGCUCUAUUGGGAUACACUUUACCAUAAAAUUCACCCUUUUAUUAAAGUGAUGUACAAUUCAGUAAUUUUUCAGUAUAUUCUUAUAAUUGUGCAUUUUAGAACAUUUCUAUCACUCCACAAAGAAACCCCACAUCCAUUAGCAGUCACUAGCUUUUCCGCAGGCCCUGGCAACCAUCAAUCUGCUUUCUGUCUCUAUUGAUUUAGCCAGGCACUAUUCUUAAGUGUUUUUCAUGCAUCUCCUCCAGUCUUCAACAUAAAGCACUAAUAAUUCUCAUUUUACUGAUAGAAAAUAGAGGCACAGAGAGGUUAAGUAAAUUGUCCAAGGUCACAUAGUAAAUUGAUUUAAAAUAGGAAAACACAGGUGAGAUCAUAGUAGAACACAGAUUUGAAUUGCAUUGUUAUGCACGUGAAAUGGAUACACCCCCCCCAGGGUAUGUUCCCUGGUAUUAGCCAUUGCAACGUACAACUCACCAAAGGUCGAUAAUACGAUAACUCUCGUUCUUUUGUUCUGAGUACUAGAACACUAUAUAAGCAUCAUCUGAGAAAAACACAAGAGCAGUUGUACAUUGGGAAGAGUUCGAUUAGCUGCCCUCACUCCUCCUUGAGCCCCUUUUCUUCCCCUCCCCGCUGCCCACCAGACGCCUACACCCCUCCCCUCUCUCUAAAAGUCUUAAUCAACUUCUGCCUCUUUUGUUUUGAUCUCCCAGAGGGAUGGUUAAUGCAUCAAAAUUUAACUUAUCUAUUCAGGUGUUUGUAGUCAAGGGAUGCAUCUGGUCGCUUAUAGUACCAGCUAUAUUCGUAAGACCUCAGAGAGCAGUAGGGUGAGAAUAGAAUGUCUUCUUAUUUGGGUUAAACUAGGUGGGGGAAUAAAUAACACAGCAAAGGCUUUGCCUUAAUGAAGUCAGUGUUCCAGCCUGGUGGGAAGUGGCCACAUGCUGCUCUUGUUCACUCUUUUCCCUUUCAGCGUCUUUGUAUUCUGCACCAUCACUGCUGGUAAUUUCUUGUCCCUCUUCAAUACUCUUGUUUUAAUCCUGAUCUUUCCUAUAAAUAACCUGUGAAAAGAAUAAAUCUGUAAAAUGAAUUGUGAAUGUUAAAUGUGCAAAUAAAAAACACUGGAAAAGGA